AUGGAAAAGGAAGAAAUUGAAGACCUCAUCAGACUCACAAACUCUAAUGAAUUGACCAAUUUCGUUCCAACAACCCAUCACGAUACCUAUCCCUUCAUCAUACCGACAGGAACAGAACUCGCCUCAAAAUCCAUUCUCAUCACGGGUGCAUCCCGAGGUCUUGGUCGUGCCACGGCUAUUCAAUGCGUCAAAGCAGGCUGUGCGAAAAUCGCACUUGCAGCUCGUUCUUCGCUAGAAGGCGUCGUGAAAGAAAUCGAAGAAACCGCCCGCGAGGCCGGUGUCACACCUCCCAAGGUUCUCCCCUUGCAGAUGGACGUCACUUCGAAUGAAUCCGUUCGGGAUGCUGCAAAGGCAGUAGACGAAGCGUUUGGACGACUGGAUAUCCUGGUCAAUAAUGCCGGGCGUCUAGUUGAAUUCAACAAACCCGUACACGAAAUUGACCCGGCGGAAUGGUGGAGGGCGUGGGAAGUCAACGUCAAGGGAACAUUUCUCUGCUGUCACUACUGCAUCCCGCUGCUCUUGAAGGCAGAGACCAGGAUUGUUAUCAAUAUGUCUUCUCUGGCAGCCAACUGCUUGACGUAUGGCGCAUCGGCGUACCAGGUAUCACGUUUUGCUAAUUGCCGACUUACCGAGUUCAUCACUCGGGACUAUGAGAGUCAGAGUCUCAUCUGUAUCACUUUGCAUCCUGGCACCGUGAAGACAGAUAUGGCUGACAAUUUCCCGGAGUAUCUGCAAUUUUUGUUGAUUGAUAAGGCGAAUCUUUCUGCUGAUACGAUUGUUUGGUUAUGUUCGCAACGAAGGGAGUGGUUGAAUGGUCGAUUUGUUGUUGGCAAUUGGGAUAUGAAGGAGCUGGAGGGGAAGAAGGAUGAAAUUGUCGAAAGGGAUCUUUUCAAAUAUCGUAUAACUAUAUAA